AUCUUUAAAAUUACGUGUUUCAUUGCGGACCAUAACGUCUGCGUCCAAUCGGGAGACGUAUUGACGUCAUAGCGCUCGCGAGCAGCAGCAGCAGGACCAAACAAGCAACAUCCCCGAGCGCGAGCCCCGCAUCUCCGCCUCGUAACGCAGUGAUAGAAGAUAAGAUGGCCACCUCCUCCUCCAAUCUGGAAGAAGACGAAAGUCUGAAAGGCUGCGAGGUUUUCGUGCAGAAGCACAACAUCCAGCAGAUCCUCAAAGAGUGCAUCGUCAACCUGUGCAUCGCCAAGCCCGAGCGGCCUAUGAAGUUCCUGCGGGAACACUUCGAAAAGCUGGAGAAGGAAGAAUGCAAGCAGAUCAUGGCCCGUCAGAAGUCCAACUCGCAGUCGGACUCUCACGAUGAUGAAGUGUCCCCUCCUCCUCCGAACCCGGUGGUGAAGGCCCGGCGCCGGAGAGGCGGGGUCAGCGCCGAGGUCUACACAGAGGAGGACGCCGUCAGCUACGUCAGAAAGGUCAUCCCAAAGGACUACAAGACAAUGACCGCCCUGGCCAAAGCCAUCUCUAAGAACGUGCUGUUUGCCCAUCUGGAUGACAAUGAGAGAAGUGACAUAUUUGAUGCCAUGUUCCCGGUCACACACAUCGCUGGGGAGACAGUUAUCCAGCAAGGUGAUGAAGGAGACAACUUUUAUGUGAUCGAUCAAGGAGAAGUUGACGUGUAUGUAAACGGUGAAUGGGUGACUAGUAUUGGAGAAGGGGGUAGUUUUGGAGAGUUGGCCCUGAUAUACGGCACACCUCGAGCUGCUACUGUCAAAGCCAAGACUGACCUGAAACUGUGGGGAAUAGACCGAGACAGCUACCGCCGCAUCCUCAUGGGAAGCACGUUGAGGAAGAGGAAGAUGUAUGAAGAGUUCCUCAGCAAGGUGUCUAUACUUGAAUCUCUUGAUAAGUGGGAGAGGUUGACUGUAGCCGAUGCCCUGGAGCCUGUGCAGUCUGAAGAUGGAGAGAAGAUCGUAGUGCAAGGAGAACCAGGAGAUGAUUUCUUCAUCAUUACAGAGGGUACAGCGUCUGUUCUGCAGCGCAGGUCUGAUAACGAGGAAUAUGUUGAAGUGGGCCGCCUGGGUCCGUCUGACUACUUCGGUGAGAUAGCGCUGCUAUUGAACAGACCCCGUGCAGCCACAGUCGUGGCCAGAGGCCCGCUCAAGUGCGUGAAGCUGGACCGGCCACGAUUCGAGCGCGUCCUCGGGCCCUGCUCUGAGAUUCUCAAGAGGAACAUUCAGAGAUAUAACAGCUUCAUUUCCCUCACAGUCUAACCCGACCUUUAUGACAUGCAUCUAAACCUCUGUCAGGUUACUUGGGUGCCUGGUUGCAUAAAAUAAUGUGAAGUACUUCAUCUUUUGCUUAAAUAUUAGCUUAACUCUAGUUGAGUUGCUCUGAACUGGGCUGAAAGUAAAUAAUAAUAAUAAAAAUAUAUAUAUUUUAUGCAGCCAAGCAUCCACUUUUUUUUUUUUUUUUGCAAGAAGCACAGUGCUCCAUCUUUCUGCUCUUUUCCUUUAUGUGAUUUUCUUUUUCUUAUGUGCACUUUGAAUUGACCUGUGCUGUCACAAAGCUUUAUUUCUGCAGAUUAAGAGAGGAAAUGAGUUGCCCAGACAGACUGAUAUGAAACAUCUUCAUGUGGCAUGUGUAAAUGUCAUAUAGUACGUGAUGCAUGCAGACCAGAGAUGCAUUUUGUACACUUGCCAUUGAGCAUUGCACAGAAAGCUAAUAUUACAGAUGGCACAAGUAUAUGAAUAAGUUUACACAGAUGAAAGAGUUUUAUAUCCUUUGCCUUUUAGCUGUGUGUUUAGCGUGCUGUGUUUAACCCCAUGUGGGUCCGAUUGCUGUCUUGUUCGAGAGCUCUGACCCUCUAAUGCGAAAUCUGUUAAUUGAAAAAUGUUUUUUGCUGUUCUAUAGUGAUAUUUUCUUCUUGGCUGUUCCAUCCACCCUUAACCUUCUCUGAGUUGUGCUUCUGCAGCUGGAAUUAAUGGGAAGGGGUUUGUUACAUUUUAAGACACAAGUUUUAAUAUAGGACAGCUAAAAAAAUGGGUGUUUUCAUGAGAGUCUCGCUGAAGUCUUAAUGUGUUGUAAGAGUUGAAUCUGUAUGCUGUUGCUUUUCUUUUAUGCUUUACAGUGCAAUUGUAUUACACACAAAUGAACAUCCACACACAUGCUCUUACAUCCUGAGGCCAUGGCAUGUUUGGGUGAAUCUAACGAAACCUGUCAAGAACAUUUCCAGGUCAUAUUUCACCCCGAUCCCUCCAAACAAACACACACACAAACACACAUAUCAUAGGCUUCAUAUGUGCAGUAUAUACUGAAUGAAGCCAGUUUUUGAACCACUGAGAUUUGGAAUAGUGUUUUUUGUACUACCUUUAGUUUAUGCUAAUUUAAAUUAAUUAAUUAAAAAACAUAUUUUUUUCUGUGAUUCAGUAAAUUAAUUAAUACGUAAUUGAGAAUAAUCGCAAUUUCAAUACAUUUGUGGGGAAUAAAUGGGUAAAAUAUUUUUUUCGUUGUUGUUGUACAGUGUUGAGAAUAUUGUUAAGAAAUGUACACAAGUGUCAUUAAAAUAAUACAAACACAAAGCAAAAAAUGCUCUUAAAAAAUGUGUUUAAAUUGAUUUCAGAAAAAAAUAUAAUUCGAUUUUGGGGUGAAAUGUGACAAGUUUGUUUGUGGUUCAUCAGUUUACCAUAAAGGACUAAUUGAUGUUCCAGAAUUGAUCGGAAAUGGUCAAAAGUAAAUAAAAAAUUUAGAAUAAUUAAAACUAAAGUAAAUUUGUGGGUAAUAAAAUGCAAUAAGAUUUAUUUAUUUAUUUUUUAUUAUUUUUAUUUUAUUUGUAUUGUAUUGUGGAGAAAUGUACACAGUUGUUAUGAAAAUAAUGCAAAAAUAUAACAACAAUGUCCCCAAAAUGGUCUUACAAAGAGGUAUACAUUUAUGAACAUUUUGGGUGAAGUGACAAGUUUGAGUGCAAUUCAUCAGUUUAUUAUAUAGAACUUACUAAUAUGUUACAAAAUUUGUCAGAAAAACCGAACUACUGUAAAUUUGGGGGAAAGCAAUGGGAAUUCAAUAUUUUAGUAGUACAGUAUUGAAAAUACAGGAGGAGAAAUGUACUCGGUCAUCAUCAAAAUAAUGCAAACUUAAAAAUACUUUUAAUGGGGGGAGGAGGGAGGUUGUGCGAUUCACCAGUUUACCCUGAAGUACUAAUGGAUAUGUUUCAAAAUGAAUCAAAAAUGAUCAAAUUUGUUCUUAGUACCUGCCUACAACAGCAUUUUGGCCAUUGGGUGUGUGUGUUUGUCAGUUCAGAACAGAAGUGCUGAUGGUUUUGAGGCAGCCAUUGUAAGGAGAGUUUUGAUUUUUGCAUUUCAGUUUAUUUAGAUGAAUAAGUUGGAGGUUAUUUGAGUGAAUUUGGAAGGAGUGAUUGUGCAUGCUUUGUAUCUGGGUUUUUACAAAAUAAAAUACACCCCCACCACACACACACACACACACACACCAACUUUUACAUGCAUUCUGUGACUCAAAUCUUCAGGCCAAUAAAGAAAAGCUUCCGAACACCA